AUUAGUGAUCUCCCCCUGACAGAAAUGGUUUGCCCCUCCGCAUGACACAACUCGUCACGUGACCCAGCCGCCAUCUUGCCGAUCAGGUGGAUAAAGCCUUUGGUUUGGACUGGGUACAUCCAACUGUUGAACUCCCAGGUGUAUAAAAUGGUUCUAUGACACAGACAACAGAACUGGCAACAUCACGUAACAUAGGGCUGAACACUUCCGCUGCUAUGAUUUUUCAUCCAAAGGAUUUGAUGCAAUAAUCUUUAAGACAUGACAGAAUCUAAGAGCCAGCGUUUGAGUGAUGACAUCCAUAGUACUCUGGACAUGUUUGGCAACGGGGGGCAUCCAUUGUCUGACUAACAGUGUGCAGAAGUGUAUUAAAGUCCAGAAUAUCUGUGUGUCAGUAAGUCGAUAAGACAGAGACGAUGGAUGAUAGGCUGAUGAUCAGUAACCCAGUGUUCCAGGGACAGGAGGACUCUAUAGAAGACAACCUGGACCAGGAGAACAGCUCAGAACCUCCCACUCCUGUCACUCAUUCUUACAGUGAUGAGUGGAAGCGACUGUUCAUGUCACCUGACUACAUCCGGACAGUCCGACAGGCCGCCCUGAGGGGCGAGCUACGCAGCUGUCGCUUCAGGAGCGUCUGUUGGAGGUUGUUCCUUGAGGUGAUGCCUGAGUCCCAGUCUGACUGGACCUACAAGGUCAAACAGUGGAGGUCAAUGUACAACGACAUCAGAGACAGGCAUAUUGUAAACCCACGACAGAAGGCCCAAGAACUGGACCUGGCUAUCAGUAACCCUCUAUCACAGGAGGAAGAGAGUCCUUGGAACCAGUUCUUUAAGGAUGAGGAGUUGCGAGAAAUGAUAAGUCAAGAUGUUCGGAGAACCUUCCCAGAAAUAGAAUUCUUUCAGAAAAAGGAACUUAGGGAGAUGAUGAUAAACAUCCUGUUCUGCUAUGCCAGAGAGAACGUGAGACUGGGAUACAGACAGGGAAUGCACGAGCUCCUGGCUCCUGUCAUCUUUGUUCUCCACUGUGACCAUCAGGCCUUCCUGCACGCUUCAGAAAUUUCUACUACACCAGACAUAGCUAGACUUGUAUUGGACCCAGCAUACCUGGAGAAUGAUGCAUAUGCAAUGUUCUGUCAGAUCAUGGAGACAGUAGAACCCUGGUACUCUCACCUGUGUGUAGAAACACCCCCGGCUUCUCAGAACCAUGACAUUGCCAUGCAAGUUCCCUUCUCCAAUCCCGAGGACUCGGCGCCCUCGCCGGCCAUCGUGACGAAGCUGACACGGGUACAGGACCUGAUCCUGAAGAAACACGACCACACGCUCCACGCACACCUGCGGAGACUGCAGAUCCCGCCACAGGUCUACGGAAUACGUUGGAUCCGUCUCCUGUUUGGCCGUGAGUUCCCUCUGCAGGACCUGCUCUUCCUGUGGGACGCCAUCUUCAGUGACGGCAUCAGCUUCGGCCUGGUGGACUACAUCUUUGUGGCCAUGCUGCUGUACAUCAAGAACUUACUUGUGUCCGGUGACUACCAGACCUGUAUGACCACACUCAUGAGAUAUCCACCAAUGGGAGACGUGCAUUUCCUAGUCAACAAGGCUCUGUAUCUCAGAGACCCCAAGAACUAUCCUCGACCUGUCAACUAUGAAUACCACUAUGGACACCAGAUGAAAUUGACCUCUGACCCCUCCAAUGGAAGUCAAAGCCAGCAACAGAGGGGUCAAAGGGCAAAGUCCAUGCAGAAUGUCGGGAGCAAGGUCACGGCCGGUUGGUCGACCCUCACCCGGAAAAUGCAGAAGCCGAAGGGAGGUGAAGUGCGGAAGAGGACCAUGAAAAAGGCAGAUAGCGAACCAGAGACUGGUUUCUCUCAUCCAUUGGAAGAUGAACUGGAAGAUCUGAAAGCCUCUUCCAGUUCUUCGUCCCGAGCAGCAGCGAAGAUGGAGCCCCUACAGGACAUGGCGAAGUCUCCCCAGGCUGCCAAGGACCCCCUGUCAGGGAACACAACCUCCUCUCGCACACACAGCAGGACUAAGGUCAAGGCAUCAUUGAAAGAGGAGGCGGACAAGCUGCAGAAGAAAACAGGAGCCCUGCAGUCCAAGCUGCACGACAUGGAGGCCAUGUGUAAAUACUGCAGCAGCAAGAUGGACGCUCACAUCAGCCACCUACAAGACAGCAUGCUGCAGGAAGAUCUGAAACAUGAGGAUGAAGUCUUCCUGGCUUUAGCAGGUCUUAAACAGGUGAGAGACAUUCUUAAAGGGACCCUGAAGUUCAGUGCUAACAUUCUGGAGUCAGAAGAAAUUGUCAUCAAUGACAACUACUUCACCAAGGAGACGUUACACGACCAGGAGGAAACCAAACUGGAUGAAGAAAACGUGGACACGUCAGAAACGGACAGUCUGUCGAAUUACCUGUCACAGACAGAAAGCAAAGACAGCAUCAGUACUAACUUGUCUGAAACACAGAGUCGCGAAAGCUUCAAUGCUGCUGUGUUGGACAAAGUCGAUCCUCCACCUCAAGAAAUGUUGGACUAUCAUAACAAGGAAGCAACUCUACAGUCUUCUACAACAUCUGAGGAGUCCUCCAAGUGUAAGGACACUCAAGAUGUGGAAGAAAAUGUCCUUAAAGACAAGGAAAAUACAGAGGUGGCGGGUUUUGACGAGAGAACUGCUGCAAAGGAUGCUGGGGAAAACAAGGAACGGAAAAGAUCCAUUUCCCAAGAAUUUGAAUUUGUAAACGCAGAAGAGGCGGUUACUGGCCCAGAUACCACAAUGGGAACUGAACAUUGUGGAAAAGAAUCAUCGUAA